GUAUAGAAAAAUUAGUAAUCAAAGAAGAAUUCCAAAAUGCAGAUACAAUCAUUCCAACAUUAUCAACAUUAUCAUUUGAUUACUCUUCAACAAAAUAUAUAAGCAACCCGCUUAGUCGUUAUGAAUCCUGGGAAAAAAAUAUGGCCGUUGAAUUAUUUUAA